UUUAAAUAUAUAUUCCAUUUCUUUCUCAUUCUCAGUUCCUCUCUCAAUGGAGCCUUCUGCUUCAAUGGACAGCCAACUAUGGCCUCCACCAUUAGCAUCGUUACAGCUCCCGCCUCUUAACGUUGAUCAGUAUGGCCUCUUCAACCCAUCUCUGCCAUCCAACUCGGUGCAGCCUAAUUUGAUUCAACCUCUAUUGCUUCAGGAUAUUGAUUUGGUUGGGCUUCUCUCUGGUCAAGGUGGGGUUGGUAGGGAUAAUAAGUGGGUGGCGCCAUUGAUGCAGUCUGCUUCUCUGGUUUCUGAAAAUGGAAGCGAGGAAGAUAAAGUAAACAAGGAGAUCAAGAGGAAAGGAAGUAAGAUGAUCAAGAAGAGAACACGGCCUAGGUUUGAGUUCCAGACAAGAAGUGCUGAUGAUAUUCUUGAUGAUGGCUACAGGUGGAGGAAAUAUGGACAGAAAGCUGUCAAGAAUUGCAGCUAUCCAAGGAGCUACUACCGGUGCACACACCACACAUGUAACGUGAAGAAACAAAUCCAGAGGCUCUCGAAGGACAUAGGCAUCGUCGUGACGACAUAUGAGGGCAUUCAUAAUCAUCCUUGCGAGAAGUUGAUGGAAACCCUAACUCCUUUUCUCAAGCAAAUGCAAUUCCUUGCUAGGUUCUAACUUCUAAUUAGGCUAGGUAUACAAACAAAGCAUUGUUCCUGGUUUUCUUUUAGUUUCUUUUUUUUUUUUCCCCUUUAAUGUCUGUAUCUUUGUAUGUUAAAUGUGGAUGGUGCUGUAAUCAAAUGGACCCAAAAUG